GAGUCAAUCCACCUAUUUCAGGACCCCUAAUCUUCCCUGGGAAAUCGAGGAUCUGGGGAGGACUCUAAGAAAUCAGCGACGAAGGAGUGAAUAACUCCAUAGAGCUGGCUACUGGUUACCCUGACAUCGUUGUCGUUCUCCGUGAACCUUGCGACUCCUUCGACAAGCUAGAAUUCGACGAAAUGCUGGAACAGUCUCCCACUCUGCUGCUUGUUGACAAAUCGAUUCAGUUAGCGACUAAAGGCACGCGCAGCAUUCACGACACGAUAAUUCUAGAUCGAUGGAUGUUUAGAAGCCAAUCGAUCCGAAAGACCGAGUCUCCUCAGACACGGCUGGUGAACGACGGCAUCUCAUUCUCCGCAUUCGACGAUAUAAUCGCCUGCAUCCGUCCCAAAGUCGUGCUCCUAUGCUGGCGCACGCUUCAUAACAAAGUCAAGCCGUUCCUACUACCGGAAUACUGCGAUCCCUUCCGCUCUGCGCCUAUUAAAGCUUUAAAGGCCGGUUACAGAAAACCUAGCAAGAUGCAGAUCAACGACUACGGUGCCCAUGAGUACAUCUGUGUCAACAGCUUUCACCCAAUGUUGAGUAUCUACGAGAAUGACAAGUACGCGUAUACAAAUAAACCGAGGGAACUUCUUUUUAUCUUUACGUUCAUUCAGGCUGUGAAUACGCUCCAGGAGCGCUCGAUUGAGGGCGAGGGAAUUGAGGAGUUGAGAGAGAUAGCUUUUAUGGAGAGCCGUUUACUGCCGUGCGAACAAGACGUUGCGAGUCAGGAACUACUUGAUCGAUUGCAACAGCUGGGGUUGUGAGAGGAGUGUUGUAGCAAAG